AUGAACGGCUCUCGAAACAAAGCGGCAGCGACAGUGAGCAGAGGACAGACGGACGCAGACACCGGCUCGGAGACGAACCACAGGGAUCGAAAAGCUGGUGGAGGAAUGUUAAAAAAGCUCAAGUCGAGGCGCAGUCAGACGGAGAAGUGGCCUGCAGUCACCGAGGAUGAACUCAGGCAGCUGGGGAAAGACAUCUCUCCGGUCCAUGUUCUGGGUCUCCGGGCUGUCACGGAGGACUAUCUUUGCAAACCUGAAGACAAUAUCUACAACAUUGACUUCACACGUUUCAAAAUCAGAGAUCUUGAGACGGGGACGGUGCUGUUUGAGAUUGCCAAACCCCCCAACAGUGGUCCUGUGGAGAGUGAAGAGGGGAGCAUAGAUGCAGACAUCAGCGCUGGGCGUUUUGUGAGAUAUCAGUUUACACCAGCCUUCCUAAAACUGCGCACUGUUGGUGCAACUGUGGAGUUCACAGUGGGCGACCGGCCCAUUAACAGCUUUCGUAUGAUUGAGAGACAUUACUUCCAAGGGCGCCUUCUCAAGAACUUUGACUUCGACUUUGGCUUUUGCAUUCCAAACAGCCGCAACACAUGUGAACACAUUUAUGAGUUUCCACAGCUUCCAGACGACCUCAUUCGCCAGAUGGUGGAGCACCCUUAUGAAACCAGAUCAGACAGUUUCUACUUUGUGGACAACAAACUGAUCAUGCACAACAAGGCAGACUAUGCCUACAAUGGUGGUGUGUAAUACCUGAA